AAAACAACGUUGUUUAUCUACGCCGGCUGUACGGGCUGUACUAGGUAGAAAUAAAGUUCCAUUCAAAUAAUAUUACUCAGGCUUGGUGAACAUCCACUUUUAAACCUCCACCAUGGUGCGUAGAUUGAGAAAGACGAAAAAAGCCCAGAAAUAUGAUUACUCUCGCAAUAGGAAGCGUUUGUCACAGAAAAAUCGUCGCAAUGGAAACAUCAGAAGUGCCGAAAUUCGAGCUGCUUAUGAUGAUAAAAAGCGUCCGGCUAGAAAUAUCCGCGAUAUGGGUCUCGCGUACGAUGUGAACCGUGCUAUUCCAAUUCCAAAUGUUAAAAAACAAAUGCAGGACAUGGAAAAGAUGCUGUCCGGGCAGAAGGUGAAAUCUGGGGCACGUAAGACGCGUGCUGCACCGAAGCAGCACGUCGCUGAACAGCUGGAGGAAGAUGCAAACGAAUUCGUCGGCACACGGUUCCGAAUGGCUAGAUCGAUGGUUCGGAUCAUCACGGCUAUGAUCGAUCGGCAUGGAUUCAACUAUGGGGCGAUGGCAAGGGAUCGAACCAACUACGAGCAGGAAACGUGGCGACAGUUCCGCAGCAAGAUUCGACGUUUUCUACGCAUUCCGGAGCAAUGUACACCGUACCUGGAGGAAAAGGGUUGGAUCGAUUGCGAUAUGAGCGAUCCGACCGAUCCGCGUUGGAAGGAAUUUGGAACCGAUGAUGAAUCGUAGCCCGUAGUACUUUAUGUAAGAUUGAACGGUUGUUAAUAAAAUAAAAUAUGCAAUUUAUGCUA